AUGUCAGUUUCACCUCGGCCGAAAAAAACUCUGCCGCCACCACCGCCGUCGGUGGGGGAGAGGACGGGGAUAGUGGACGAGAACGGUGCAAUGACGGAGGAUUUUGUAAUUGGGGAGUUUGAUCCGAGUGCAAUGGAUGAAUUAAGAAAUUUGACUGAUGGCAGAGAGGAGACAUCAAUAAAAGAAGAUAGUAAACUAACUAGAAUUAAGUAUAAUAGAUUUAGUGUGUGCGAGGAGAGUAAGAGAGACUAUAUACCAUGUUUGGAUAAUGUGGAGGAAAUUACGAGGUUGAAUUUGAGUGGAAGUUUUGAGAAAUAUGAGAGGCAUUGUCCUAAAGAUGGUAAGGGGUUGGAUUGCUUGGUGCCUAUGCCUAAAGGGUACCAGAGACCUAUACCUUGGCCUAGGAGUCGAGACGAGGUGUGGUUCAGUAAUGUGCCACAUACACGUCUGGUUGAAGAUAAAGGUGGCCAAAAUUGGAUAGCAAGAAAAAAUGAUAAGUUUGUUUUCCCUGGAGGUGGAACUCAAUUUAUUCAUGGGGCAGAUCAAUAUUUAAACCAGAUUUCAGAGAUGGUUCCUGAAAUUGCAUUUGGCCAGCAUUCCCACAUUGCAUUAGACAUUGGGUGUGGAGUGGCAAGUUUUGGUUCCUUUUUGUUACAGCGUAAUGUGACUACCUUGUCAAUAGCGCCAAAAGAUGUUCAUGAGAACCAGAUUCAAUUUGCACUGGAGCGUGGUGUUCCUGCAAUGGCAGCUGUUUUCGCGACACGACGUUUGCUGUACCCUAGCCAAGCUUUUGAUUUGAUACAUUGUUCAAGAUGUAGAAUUGAUUGGACUCGUGAAGAGGGAAUUUUACUUCUUGAAGUGAACAGAAUGCUAAGGGCAGGAAGCUACUUUGUGUGGGCAGCACAGCCUGUAUAUAAACAUGAAGAAAAUCUUCAAGAACAAUGGAAAGAAAUGCUGGACCUAACUAGAAGCAUUUGCUGGGAACUUGUAAAGAAGGAAGGAUAUAUUGCCAUAUGGAGGAAACCUGUAAACAACAGCUGCUAUCUUAAUCGUGACAGUGGGGCACAACCUCCUCUAUGUGAUUCCAAUGAUGAUCCAGACAGUGUUUGGUAUGUCAGUUUGAGUCCAUGCAUAACUCGAUUGCCUGAGAAUGGUUAUGGAGCUAAUGUUACUACAUGGCCUGUACGCCUUCAUUAUCCACCAGAUAGACUCCGGAGCAUAAGAAUGGAUGCCACCACUUCCAGAAAAGAACUCUUCAAGGCAGAGUCAAAAUAUUGGAAAGAGAUAGUAGAAAGUUAUGUUGGAGCUUUCCACUGGAAACAGAUGAAUUUUCGAAACGUGAUGGACAUGAGAGCGGGGUUUGGAGGGUACCUUCUUUUUGCUAUCUUGCAUGCUAUUGCGUUUGCAGCAGCAUUGCAUGAUCUGGAGGUUGAUUGCUGGGUUAUGAAUGUUGUUCCCGUUAGUGAGUUCAAUACUUUGCCUGUGAUUUAUGACCGAGGACUUAUUGGAGUAAUGCAUGACUGGUGUGAGCCAUUCGAUACUUACCCCAGAACUUAUGACCUAUUGCAUGCAGCAAGCCUGUUCUCAGCUGAGCAGAAAAGGCACAAAUGCAAUAUCUCGAGUAUCAUGCUUGAGAUGGAUCGAAUGCUAAGGCCUGGUGGAGCAGUUUAUAUACGUGACUCCAUAUCUGUUAUGGGCGAGCUUCAAGAGAUAGCAACUGCCGUGAGAUGGGUCUGUACACUUCGGGACACGGGUGAAGGUCCCCAUGCGAGCUGGAAAAUUUUGCUCUGCGAUAAAAGGAUGCCAUGA